CAUGUAAAUUAACUUUGUGACUUUUUGACAAGCGAAGAAUAAAAUGUAAAAAGUCCUUCAGCUGAAUCUGAUUUCUGUCAUCAACGGAGGAAGUUUAGUCCUUGACCAAUCAGCAGUUAACCAUCCACAGCUGGAGGCCAGAGCAGAAACAGAAAACGUUUUUGGUGAUCCAUCUGAUAAACUCUGUGAUAAUUUCUGUGUUGCUUGGUUGGGUUCUGAGUCGUUUUGACUAAAUAUAAAUCCUUAUUUUUGGUUGGCGAAUUUUUAUUUUGAAAAGAAGAUCCCGGAAGUCGUGCUGUCACUUUGCUCUGACGUCUCUCUGACCGGCAAAAUCCUCCGUUAAGCCUCCGAGGCUCUCUGCCUCCCAUUGGCAUCCCGGAGCACUCCCGCUGCUCGGUGUCACACCUUCGGGACCAGACCCGGUAGACCGGUACCCCGGUGCCGGGACCUACAUCCCGGCUGGUCGGAGGAUUCCUGUUCUUUCACAAUCUUUUCGUCAUCAACGUCACGACUAGAGAGACGCGGCGGAGUCCUAGUCCGUUAGUCGGUUCUGACCGUGAUUUUCGUCACAUCCUGACGUUUGUACCCAGCGUUAUGAACAGAACCGGACCGACCCAUCACAUCUGACCGGCAUCAGGGGCUGGAGAGCUGGGGGGGUGGAGGAGGAGUUGAUGGUGGAUGACUUAACCGGAUUGCGUGUGGAAGGACCUCGACCGGAGCGGAGGAGGUGGAAGAAGGGCCAGCGGAAGCGGAGGGGAAUCGAACCGACAACCUGGGGGGUGAGAAGCGGAAUGGGAGGCGGAGAAGCAGCGACGCGGGCGGAGGAGGAGGAGAAGAUGGGGUUACUCUUUGGACUCCUGUGGCUUAUCACCAGCUUCCUGCAGGGCGUACACGGCCAGGGCGUUUACGCAUCUCCCACAGUGCGAAUUGUACAGUUAGGCCAGGCCUGUAAUGUGGAAGAGGAGCAAUACAGUGAGAGAAUUUACACCAUCAGAGAGGGAGGGACUCUGGAGCUACAGUGUCUGGUAACUGGACACCCUCGACCACAGAUUCGUUGGACGAAGACAGCUGGUGGUACUUCAGACCUUCAGGUUAACUCCUCGCUUCACAGCGAGACUUUAAGGAUUGAGAACAUCCACCGCCACCAGGGAGGGCGCUACUACUGCAAGGCAGAGAACGGACUGGGGUCUCCGGCCAUCCGCUCCAUACGCGUCGAUGUCUAUUACAUGGAUGACCCAGUGAUUACAGUGCACCAGAGCGAUGAUGAGGUGAAGGAGCAGUUUUACUUUGAGCGGACAGUGUUUCGCUGUGCGGCUGAUUCUAACCAUGGUCACUACACCUGGCUCAGAGGCAGGGAGGUUCUUUCAGAGGGGUCUGACUCGGGGGUGGAGAUAUACAAGCCAUUUUUCACACAGGGUGAAACCAAAAUCUUGAAGCUAAAGAAUCUGCGAAUGCGUGAUUACGCUGUCUACACCUGCAUAGCUUCUGUCAGGAAUGCCUGUGACAUGAGAGACAAGCAUUCAGUCUUCAGUCUGAGCAACAACACAGCUCCCCCAUUUAUCCGAUUGCUCCCGGAGGAACCGGUGGUGGUGAACCCAGGACAAUCGGUCACUCUGAUGUGCAAGGUGUCAAAUGGAGACCCGCCGCCAGCCCUCAGGUGGUGGAAACAAGAGGGGGAGGAGCUCCCAAAGAGGAGCAUCAUUGAUGAGGGCAGACUGACCAUCCCUAGGAUUACUGCUGAUGAUGGAGGCACCUACACCUGCACUGCCUCCAACAAUGUGGGAAACCCUGCUAAAAAAUCCAUGAGCAUCCUGGUUAGAGGUCUUUGUAAAGGUCGUUUCUGGAUCACACCUGACCCAUACCACAAUGAAGACAACAUUCAGAUCGGCAGGGAAGUGAAGAUCAGCUGUCAGGUAGAAGCCACGCCUCCAGAGGAGCUGCAGUUCAGCUGGUUGAAAAAUGGCAGGCCCCUGAGGAGCUCUGAGAGAAUGAUCAUCACUCACACCGACACUAGUGUCUCACCAGGAACCACUAACCUGGACAUCAUUGAUCUAAAGUUCACGGACUUUGGCACCUACACCUGUGUGGCAUCCCUGAGGAACGGGGGAAUCCCAGAGAUCAGCAUUGACGUCAAUAUAUCAACCACCACAGUUCCCCCUGAGCUCACCAUCCCAAAGGGCCAAUCUCAGCUCAUCGUUCAGGAGGGGGACACCAUAGAUCUGCAGUGUCUGGUGUCAGGAAAACCCAAACCCAUCAUUCUGUGGUCCCGUGUGGAGGAGAGUGGAGCGGCAGCGGCAGCAGCAGCAGCUUUGAUGCCAGACGGCUCGGCUCAGAUGGAGAGCUACGACGGCAUUCUGAGGAUCAGCAACGUGACGAGAGAGAUGAGUGGGACUUACCGCUGCCAAACCAGCCAGUACAAUGGCUUCAACGUCAAACCCAGAGAGGCCCUGAUCCAGCUGGUAGUGCAAUUCCCUCCCACCAUCGAGCCGGCUUACACCGAGGUCCGUCAAGCUCUGGGCCGAGCGUUCAGCCUCACCUGUAGCUUACUGCAGGCCAACCCGGCUCGUGUCCUCCAGUAUGAGUGGAAGCUGGGCUCUCGCCUGCUGACUGUCGGCCAGUUCACUGACCAAACACACGACACCACCUACCAAGUCAAAUCCCUGAACCGUGAGGGGUAUGGUGAAUACACCUGUGAUAUCACUAAUGAGGCUGGGGCAGGACGCUGCACCUUCCUGGUUACAGGAAAAGCCUAUUUUCCAGAGUUUUACUAUGAUACCUACAGCGCUCUGUGGCAGAACCGCCCGCAGGUCUACGGCUUCAAGCUUCAGUGGACCCAGAUGGAGCCCAACGCUGUGGAUCGAAUUCUGGCUUACAGACUCGGUAUCAGGCAGAUGGGUCAGUCUCGCUGGUGGGAGCAGGAGAUCCCAAUGGAAGGAGCCAUCCAGAGGGGCCAGCUGCUGACCUAUAACCUGACAGAGCUGAUCAAACCAGAGUCCUACCUGGUCCGCCUCACUCCUAUCACGCGAUUUGGCGAGGGGGACUCCGCAGAACGCAUCAUCACCUACAGCGCUCCUGUUAACCCGCAUCUCAGGGAAUUCCAGUGUGGUUUUGAGGAAGAGGCAGUGUGUUUGUUCUCUCAAGACAAAGUUGAUGAGUUUGACUGGAUUCGUCACAGCGCCACCACAAAGAACUCCAAAAACACUGCAACCACCGGCCCCAGUGCCGAUCGCACCGGCUCAAAGCAGGGUUUCUACAUGUACAUCGAGGCAUCAAGGAUGAGGGUGGAGGGGGACAAGGCUCGUCUGCUGUCCCCCACCUUCAACAUAAACUCCAAGAGCUUCUCCUCUUCAUCCCCUGUCGGUAACAAGCCUUCCUACUGCUUCACCUUCUACUACCACAUGUAUGGAAAGCACAUAGGUGCGCUCAACAUUUUUCUGCGCCAGAAGGGUCAGAUUUUGACUGACUCUUUAGUCUGGAGUCUGUCAGGUAACCAAGGAAACCACUGGCGGCAGGCGAGGGUCAACAUCCACCCAAGCACAGCCUUUCAGAUGGUGAUGGAGGGAGUCCGAGGUUCUGGUAUCGAAGGCGACAUCGCUGUUGAUGAUGUCACCAUAGAGGAGGGAAAAUGUAAAGACCCUCCUCCUAAUAAUCUAAGGUCCUUCGCUCCACCCUUAUCUCUCUGUAUAUGGCAGCUCUGUGUCCCACUGAGGCUUGUUUUGACUGGCUGGCAGAGGUGACACUGUCACCACCCCGUAUACUGGACACCGUGACCUUUGACUCCAGUGACCCCGCCCCUCUACGUCUGAGGGGUUUUGUUUUUCAGAAUUCCACAUAUUUCUAUGUUGUUCUUGUAAAUAUUAAUAAUAUUCAGGAUGUAUCUGAGUUGUUUAAGAAGGUAACAAGGUAAAAUACUUCAGGAAGAAACAACCAGUCACAACUAAGGAAAAUCAACAGGAAGUCUUUAGGAAAAUGACUUUUCAAAAUAAAACAGAGGUUGGAAUCACAGAUAAAAGGACAAGAUGAACUUUAUUGUAAAGAUUAUUGUUUUUCUGUUGGUUACAAUCUGUAAACUAAGACAAACUCAGGAGAAGUUAGGAUCAUUUCUGUUCAUCAGAUUGAGUUCAAAUGCAAACCAUAGCUGGAACAACUGGUUCUGCCAUGAACUCUGCUGUUCUGUUUGUAUUUAAGUGAAUCAAAAACAUAGCUCCAUUUGGUAGAAUUUACUUAUUACCACAUUUACCAUAAACUGAUUUGUGCAGUGGUGGACCAUCAGGGCCAGCAAGGCCUUCUCUGCUGACAUAAAUAUCAGAAUCAGCCUAUGUUUAAAAACUUAAAUGAUGUUUGUUCAAAUUAUACUAAUUUAUACUGAAUAAUAUAUUCUCUUUUUUUUUUUUUGGUAAUGUUUCACUUGGCUGUGCCAUGUCCCAUGUGUCAGGAUUAUCAAUGUUUCAUCCAAUCAUAUUUCAGAGUCUUUGUGUUGCCGGGGGAGUCUAAUCUGCCCAGGGCCUUUACAAUCAGCAGACUUGUCCUUCGUUAAUUACUCUCAAUAGCAACAGAAUUUUUUUUUAACCAAUCAGCUUUCAAAUUCAUCUCACUGAGCCAGCCAGCUGGCUCUCCAUUAUGACAUCAGAAGUUUUAUAUACCCUGAUUGAAUGGUCAAAGAGCAGUUAUUACCACAGUGUUUUUCUAGCAAAGCAUGUCCAAUGUGCUCACAUUAAUUCUUUAGAUUUAUUUUUUCUUUUAACAGCUGAACACUUGGUACUUCAAUGCUAAUGCUGAUGCCAAUUUUGAAAAUGAAGGCUGUGAUACCAGGCCUUGUCAUAUAGCAUUUAUGAAUAAUAUUAGCUGCUUGUAUGAUUGUAACAUCAAAGUGGCGAAUUAAGUUGGUAAAACCACACAAGGCCCAGGUACCAAAUAUACGGCUCGCCCCUGGAUUUAUUAUAACGAAUGAAUGGAUGGAUAGAAGAUUGAUUAAUGAUGUCUGAUUCUUUUUAAAGACCAAGUUCACCUGUUGUUUUAACACAUUUGCAAUGGCCUCUAGUAUAAAUAAACGCCUUCUGAGUUAACCUUUGUGGAGAAAAGUCUUCCUGUUUCAGGAACUAGAAGUUAGCCAGAGGAGAGGUGAGCAGAAGACAGCAGGAUUUGGAGUCUUAUUUCCUGAUAUUCAGACAUCUUGCCUCUGAUUGGCUAACACCAAUUAGCUUUAUUUUCAAUCUGUGGCUAAUGCAGGAAAUAGGGGUAGAAGACUAUUUCCAUGUUUAGCCUACAUGUUAAACUCAGAGUGGCCGAUCAUAUUAAAAAAAAGAAAGUACAUGCAGUUCUCUGUGAACUUGGUUUUUAAAGUUAACAACUAAAGGAUAUUUGAAGGGAGUUUCUGUGGAAAUGUUCAGACCAAUGAAAAUUUGACCAACUGGAGAUGGCUCUCUAAACAGCAACAGUAGGAAGAAACAGAGAAUUGUUCAGACUGAAACAUUUGGACAUCCUCCUCUGUUGAAGAAAAGUGAAACCCUGAGGUCCUGUUAACAGGAGUUGCCAUGAUUCUGAACAAUCACAAUAGGUAGUCUGACCUACUCAUAUGCUGGAAGCCCCGCCUCUUCACUUGCAAUAGUCAGGUGUUUUUAACAUCCAACAGCUGAUCCCAGCCAAGUGUGCUGUCAGCAUGAAGAUCUGAACAAAUGGCAGCAAGUUGAGAACUACAAAGAUUAGUAUGAGUAAACACCUUGAAACAGGAUCUGAGAUUAUUCUAUAUUUUUUAUCUGGAAAAAUGUCCCAUUGGUUUACAUGGAGGAGGUGGGGCUUAAGAUGUGUCCUGGAACCAACCAGCAGUGGGUGCUUGGACCUUCUCUGCUUCAGCAUUAAGGCCAUUUGAGUGUUUUACAAUGGUUCUGACCAGAGUCCAGUGACAAGGUGCCUGUCAUCUCAAAACAACUAUGAUGAUAUCAAAUCAUUUCAUGUGAAUGUUAUUUUAUAAAUGUAUCCCACUAGCAUACAUGUCACUGUUAUUUACAAAGAGUUCUGAAUACUUGCUGCAGACGUAACUGCUGAAACACUUCUGACUGGAUUUUCAUAAUCUGCUGAAGAAUCCAGAAAUGCACGAUUUAAGGCAGACAUGGGGAACCCUGGUCCUCGAGGGCCAGUAUCCUGCAUGUCUUUGCUCCAACACUUCUGAUUCAGUGGUUUAUUCACCUGUUCAGCAGCUCAUCAAGCACUGCAGAAGCCUGUUAAUCACCUGCUGAUUGAAAUCAGGUGUGAUGAUGCAGGGUUGAAACUAAAAUAUGCUGGAUAGUGGCCCUUGAUGCACCAGGGUUCCCCACUCCUGUUUUAAGUAAACAUGAAGGAUGUGAACUAGCAUUUAUAUAAAGUAAUACAAAUCUGUUGAUAUUUAAAUUGUUUUAGGAAUAUUUAUAACUGACUUUAUUGUGAGUAUUGGUCUUUUCAGAACUCUUCUCUGUUUCUCCAAACUGAGGUCAGUCACAGACCCAUCUUCAGCAGGUGAGAUAUUAUUACAUGAAAAUGACCCAAACCCCGUAGAACCAGUCAUGGUAGAGUCUGCAGGAGUUUCAGCUGUGGUUUGUUUUGCUUUUUUGAUGGAAAUGUUUUUACCGUUAGGCUGGGUGGAUAUUAUGGGAUGUAUUUCUAUACCCUGAGCUUCCAACCACUGAACCACCUCUGAUCCCCUCCAGUGAGGAACGCUUCAUUGCGAAGUAGACUGUUGGUGUUCUGAUCUGGAAUUUUACUCCAUCUCUUCAACUCCUACAGUUUGGAUUUUGAGUCACCUGACUGCUGAGAUGAAUCAGAGGAGAAACUGUCUGAAUGUUGACCCUAACCCCCCACCCCCACCCCACACCCAAAGGAACAGCAGUACUGUACUCCUUCAUGGACAGAUGGUGGGCUUUCUGGACCUUGAGUCUCACAGAAGCUUUUAAAUAUCUCUAUUUUUAGAUUAUAUGUUGACAUCUGUUCAGAUGUUGGAGGACCGUUUACCUUCUGCCAUAAAAUCAAGUGCCUUUACCUCAGAGUGGAUCUUCUGAGGAUUACUGUUGACACGGAACCAGUCGGACAUUGUUCUGAUCAGAAAGAAAAAAUAAACAAACAAACAACCUGA